AUGGACCCCGUCGCCCCUUCCAAUCCCACCGGGGAGCUCAACAUCCAAGACCUCGAGUUGAUGAUGCAAUGGUGCACGACCACAUACCGCUCGGUCUCGCGAAAUACCUCGGUAGAGGGAAUCUGGCAGGGCGUCGUGCCGCGGGAAGCCAUGCGCCACCCAUUCUUGAUGCACGGCAUCUUGGCUCUCUCCGCCCUGGACCUGGGCUUCAAUUGCCCCUCCGGCCCGCCCAAAGACUACUACAUCCGAACCGCCCAGGCACAUCAGUCCCGGGCUGUGACCGGUCUCGGCAAGGUCGCCGGAUGUCUGGAUCAAUCCAACUGCAAUGCCGCUUUUGCCUUGUCCAGUAUCAUGGUCGUCUUUUCCUUCGCCCUCCCUCGGACGACGAACAAACACGGGGACGUCCUGAAUGAGCUUCUCAACAUAUUUCGGUUCACACGCGGGUCGGUGGACGUCCAAGGAGGAAUCAUCGAUUGGGUCGCGGACGGCGAAUUCAGCCCGCUGCUCGAGUGCGACACCUCGCAGCCAACCAUGCCCGACACGUCUCGGCUGGCCAUCAUGUCGCUGACACGAAUGAAUGCGGACCUCGCCAGCCGCGAUCCUGCGCAUGAUAAGGCCACGUAUGACACGACGAUCCGGUACCUGAGCUACUCGCUGGACAAGCUGGCCCGGGGCGGAGAAACCAUGAUUAUUGCCUUCCAGUGGAUCUUCCAGAUCCCGCCGCGAUACUUGGAUUUGCUGCAGCAGAGGCAGCCCUUCGCUCUGACACGGUUCAUGGACGAGAUUUAUAAGUACCUAUUUUUCCACUCUCCAGGCCAUGAUCUGCAGUUCAGACACCGACAAUGGAUGCAUCCGCACGCUGGAGAGUAUCGUGUGGUCAACAUGACUACCCUUGAAAGACGCGUGCAGCGUGCACGCUGCCCGUCGAUAGCCUUGAACCCAAGGGAAACACUACUGCCAUCCGUGGGGCCAGGCUCUAACUUGACUGGCCUACCCGGAACUCAUGCAAUCGUGAACAAGAGGGAAUUAUGCAGUGGACUGCAACAGAAAGAAGACCAAGACAUGACGGGAAAUCACAUUUGGGGAGGCCGACCGGGGAUAAGCACUAAGAGCGGAGCGGAAUAA